AUUUGUUGUGUGAAUUUUUAGUGUUUGUCUAGUAGUUCGUUGGUACAAAUCAUCGACUCUCGUCCGUGUCUCGUGUUGUCUGGUGACGAUAAAUCGAACGUUAAACGUGUGUGUUUGUUGUUUUUUGUGUUAUUUAUUUUUGUUAUUGUUGUUGUUGUUAUUAAAGUAUGUUUAAAGCAAAAUUAAUAAAUAAAUUAAAGUGAAUAUUGUUGUUGUUGUGACUUUUAUAAGAUUUACGGUGUGGUAAAUGUGUACAUUUUUUCCCGUUUAUUUGUGCCCAGAGUUUAAAAUCCAAAAAAAUCUAUCUAAUAAAUUAUUAUUAAUAAUAAUAAAAAUUGUGUUUAAAAAAAAAGAUGAAUCAACAGAGUGUUUAAAAAAACAGCAAACAUCACAUUACUAAAAAUUAUUAGCAUUAUUAAACGAACACUUGACGUCGACGUUAGUCUCAGUAGCAGCAUCAGUUAACCGCAAAACCAGUAACAAACAAAAACAACAGUUAAUAAACAAAAACGCCAAAAACAAAGCUACCAAAAGACAACAAAAACAAUUUACUUAUUACAAUGGCAGCGGGCGUUUGUGCAACCACAAGUAUCCGCAUGUUAAUGCGGCAUUCAAGGGAUUUUACACUUUACACGCGUCGCAGCCCUGGUCUACGCAUUCUGCCAGUAACAACAACUAUAAGUGUGAAUUCAUGGAGCUUUGGAGGACGACAAAGUUACUGCACAAAUAAAACUGAAGACUUAAACUCAGGCAACACUACUGAUCCAACUACCACCACAUCUAGUCAUACAAUUAAAAAGGCUUCCACUUCUGCUAUCGUGCCCUCUACUGCUACUAAAGUUAGGAAAAUUAAAACCAACAUUGUUGACAAAAACAAUGUGAAAAUUACAAAAACUGAAAACAUUUCCUUAAAUAAUGAAAUUAAUUUAACAGAAUUGAAUUUAAUACAAAUGAAGUUGACAGAAUUGAAAUUAUUAUGUCGCGGUUGUGGCCUGAAGGCCAGUGGUAAAAAAUCCGUAUUAAUUAAACGUUUGCAGGAUUAUAUUGAGCAACAACAGCAGGAAUUGCUACAACAUCAACACAAUGUGACCACAAGAAACAGCAAUGACAAAACAUCAUCAACCAACGACACAUUGUCUACACCACCCACCACUAUUGCUGCUAAACCGAAUCUGGUUGCAACUGCUGUAUUGCAACAAAAUGCCUGUCAAACUCAUUAUUCUUCCCUCCACUCAGAUUCUAUAGGAAUUGUUAAUAAUGUUGAUACGAGUAAUAAUCAUGUUGGAGAUGUAUCCGUGGAAUAUAUACACGGUUUGCCCCAUCUUACCAUACCGCUUCCUAGUAGAAAUGAAAAAUGCCGCUUUGCUUUAAAACCUGUCUCACACAGAGUGGGCGAUUUGAUUGAAAUGCUGAAAACAGAAGAUCGAGGCAUUGAUCGUGCGACUAUUCUGAAUAAUAGUGGCGUUAGAAUAGCAUCAACUUGUAAUAUAGAAAGUUUAAUGGAUGAACCUUUUUGGAUACACAUCAACGACCAAAAAUAUAAAGUAGUUCCUCCACAGCGAGAAAGAAUUAAAAUUGAAGAUCUUAGUAAAUUAGGUGACAUUAAAGCAUUAGUAGCACAGUUAUACGAAGCCUUACAUGUUGGCGAAUAUCACAUAGAAAAGGAGCAAGAAUUGACAACUAAAUUAGAAGAUUUAAAAUAUAAAAUAGCACCUUUAGAAAGGGAAAAAUCGGAAUUAAGCGCACAAGCCGAUCGUAAAACGAACAUAAUGACCUGGGUUGGUUUAGGUUUGAUGUCUGUGCAAUUUGGCAUCUUAGCAAGACUGACAUGGUGGGAAUAUUCUUGGGAUAUUAUGGAACCAGUUACAUACUUUGUUACCUAUGGCACAGCAAUGGCCAUGUAUGCCUAUUACUGCAUAACAAAAACUGAAUAUAAUAUGCCCGAAGUUAAAGACCGCCAUUACCUCAUUACCUUGUAUAAACGUGCCAAAAAGAAGAAUUUCGAUGUCGAAAGCUACAAUCAAUUGAAACGUCAAAUCGCUGAAAUUGAAUAUGAUUUACGUCGUUUGCGUGAUCCUUUAAAUUUGCAACUGCCACCACAUGUUGAUCGUUCACAACAAAAUCCACCCUUCGAUGCUGUUCCACCGUCUAGUGCAUUAACUAAUGAAAUCUCACCAAAUACGGUUAAAAAAUCGGGUUUUAAAAUUCCCUUUCUAGAUUCGAAAAAUUAAAAAUGAACAACAAAACGUCCCUUAACUUCUCAUUAUGUGCUAACUAUUACUAAAGGUGUAAAAAAAUAAUUAAAUCAAGGAAAGCUAAAAAGUUUAAAAGGGUCUUCAAGGACUUUCUACUACAACUUUUUAUAUUUGUUUAAAACUUAAUUUAGUUUUUUUUGUCUUGUUUGUUUAUUCUUAUAUUUAAAUUCAUUUUACCUCACUUGAAAAUGCUGUGUUAGUUUAAUAACAAGAAUGAACAAAAAAAAAUCACUUAAAAUUUGUACUAAAAGUACAUAAUUAUUUUAAUUUAUAAAAUAUGAGAAUUGUAUACUUAUGCCUAAUAAUAAUUUACAUUUUCAAUGGCAAAAAGUUUUUAGAAAAAAGUUUAUGUAAUCAUGUUGGAAAAAUAAUAAUCGAAAAACUUAUUUACGAAAUAAUGAAAACUUACAUUAUAGUUAUGUACAUAACUAGAACAUAAAAUAUUUAUCAAAUUAAAAAAUAUGUAUGGAC